AUGCCGACCCGCACCAACACUGCGAGGGACACGAAUCCGAGCGGGACUGGUGCUCCACCACGCGCUCCGUCCAACAGCUAUCGUGACUCGACGCUAAACAUCUUCGCUCUGCUGCUUGCCUUCCGCAUCGUCAACGCACUAACCCUGCGCUCCUUUUUCCAGCCCGACGAGUUCUUCCAGUCCCUCGAACCUGCAUGGCAGCUUGCGUUUGGCCCCGCCAGUAAUGCCUGGAUCACCUGGGAAUGGAGAUCCCAAUUGCGCUCGUCCCUGCAUCCAGCGCUAUUUGCUGCCGUCUAUCGAGUCGCGGCACAUGUUGCUGACCUCUGUGGCUUGACCUUGCCUGCUAAAGCCGAACUACUCCUAGCUGCCCCGAAAGUUACCCAAGCCGUCUCUGCAGCCUUGCUUGAUUGCUACACAUGGAAACUUGCGGAAAAAGUCUACGGUCGUGGCAGUCGCACUGCCCUCACUACUCUUGCAUUGUCUGUCUGCAGCCCGUGGCAGUGGUUCUGCGCGACCCGAACACUAUCCAAUUGUCUUGAGACUACCAUCACUGCUGUCGCUAUUUACUAUUGGCCUUGGCAGGGUGCAGCAACAGCUAGCAAGGGUCAGACGCAUAUCGCACACCACGACCUCGGCUCCCUCUCAGAGUUGCGCCUGUCACUGCUGUUGGCAGCGCUUGCGUGUAUUCUCCGGCCCACCAAUGCACUCAUCUGGCUGUCCGUAUCCAUCCCAGUUCUAUGGCAAGCCUCACAUCGGCUGCGCUAUGUGUUGGUCCGUGAGAUCCUGAUUUGCGGUGCAAGGCUCCAUUGCCGGGCUUUGCGUUCUCUGCAGACUACCCGUGCCCCGAGGUCACCAGACCACAAUCCGACUGACGAUGCUAGCUCCGCCGUCCUGGUAUUGUCAGUCGCGACCGAUCGGCUCUAUUACAGGGUCUGGACUCUUCCGCCGCUUAGAUUUCUCUAUUUCAACAUCGCUCAGUCGUUAGCCGUCUUCUACGGGAGGAACCGCGGCGACUACUAUUUGACCGAAGGUUUGCCGUUGCUCCUCACGACAUCGUUGCCAUUUGCCGUUGUUGGCUUGUGGCAGUCGUUGAGGGGCCUAGAGCCACGCAGCUCAGCCAAAGGCGACAGCCCGGUUAAUACAGCAGUUUCAGGUCAAGAUGCUACGGGCAGUCAGAUACUAAGCCGUCUAUCAUGGACGGCGAUGGUCAUGACCGCUACGCUGAGUUUGAUAUCGCACAAAGAAGUUCGCUUUCUUUACCCAGUCCUACCAUUCCUUCACAUAAUCGCCGCCAGGCCACUCAGCAAGUUCCUACCUCCUCGCGCUGCGCUAUCGCACAAAGCAGUCGUCCUGUUCUUGCUUGCUGUAAACAUCCUACUUGCAGGCUAUGCCUCUCAAGUUCACCAGCGUGGAGUCAUCGAUGUACUCGCCUACCUCCGCCAUAAACAUGAAACGCGCAACAGCCUAUUACACUUCCGUGGCAAUAGCGAUAGUAACGUCGCUGCUGUGACCAACACAACAGUCGGCUUCCUGAUGCCCUGCCACUCCACACCCUGGCGCUCCCACCUGAUCUACCCUGAAAUCUCCGCAUGGGCUUUGACGUGCGAGCCACCCAUCGAAAUACCCCUCUCCGAACGCUCAACCUAUCUCGACGAGGCGGAUGAGUUCUACAUCAAACCUGGCCCUGUAGCCUGGCUCCGGGCCAAUAUGGAAGAUGUACAGACGAUCAAGGCGAGUGGAAGUAGGUCUGGUCAGCAUUGGAUGCGCCAGGACCCAAAGUUUAAACGCAAGUACCGGCGUGAGUGGCCGCAGAACCUUGUUUUCUUUGAGCAGUUGGAAGGGACGCUGAAGGAGUAUCUUGAGGGCACUAGGUACCAGGAGUGUUGGAGGGGGUUUAAUAGCCACUUCCAUGAUGAUUCGAGGAGGACUGGUGAUGUGGUUGUUUGGUGCUUGGAUGGCGUGUGA